GUGGACGGCGAUCGCACGUAAAUUGCGUAGGUUUGUGCGUAGAGCUGCAGAGGUUUCUGGUACUGUGAACGGAGCCUCAUAAAAUGGCGGAUCGCGGUGAAGAUGUAGAUGCAGAGAGUGAAGAUGAAUUAUAUGAGGUGGUUAACAUCACAGAUUACGCCAGGAGGCAUCAAUGGUGGAGUCGUGUUUUUGGGAACAGCACAGGACCCAUUGCAGAAAAGUACUCCGUGGCUUCACAGAUCAUGAUGGGUGGAGUGUCGGGAUGGUGUGCUGGUUAUCUUUUUCAGAGAGUUGGAAAAAUUGUGGCAACUGCUGUUGGAGGGGGAUUUCUUUUGCUACAAAUUGCAAACCACAGUGGCUAUGUUCAGGUAGACUGGAGGAAAGUGGAAAAGGAUGUGAAUAAAGCAAAAAAGCAUUUGAAGAAAAAAGCAAACAAAGCAGCCCCUGAGCUCAAUUCUUUUAUAGAAGAAUCGACAGAAUUUGUGAAGAGGAAUAUUGUUAUCUCGGGUGGAUUUGUUGGAGGAUUUCUGCUGGGACUGGCAUCCUAGUUUGCACAUUAAUAUUUUCGUUUAUGUCAGUAUCACAGCGAUACAAAACUGAAACUUGAUGUAUUGUCUGAAGCAGUGAGUGCAAUGGACAUUUGCUGAAUCGUUGUUCCAAAUAUAUACCUCUUCAAUGCUGUUCUUAACUGUACAUAGCUUAGUCAUCCUGAUGAAGAGAGAGAUAUUGUGCCAAUAACUUUAUAGAACAUUGCUGGUGUGGUUUUAUGAUUUUUGUUUUGCCUACUUUUAAUCAGUAAGACACAAACGUGAGGUCUGUUACAUAAACUUAUUGUAUUUUGACAAUACAUUGUCUGAGUUAGUUUUAUAAUUUCCUGAAUGUUUACUUGCAUGUAUUGUUUUUUUGUUCUGAGUGUUUUACUUUUUGUGACAGAUUUUUAAAAUAUACAGAAUAACCCACCAAUAACAUGUUUGUGGAAAUAAUAAAAAAUGUCUUUCUGGUUA